AUAAUGUGCACAAGGUUCCAUAAGGAACAACAGCACAAACAUCGAGAGAUGUAUGCAUAGAGGACCCAAGUGACUCAAGUCUCAUAAAUACAAGAAAACCAACAAUAUCCAUCAGUUACACAAAUUUGGUUUUGCAGUUGAGUUUUCUGAUGCGAGCUGGAAAGAAACGGUUUUUGACCUACUUAGGUAUUAUAGCUAGUAUUAAUAUUCCUGCCACUGCAUAUUUCCUGUCUGUUAUGAGAUGGUCAAAAAAUAAAGGUGGGGGAAUAUACUCAGAAGGCUUUAGUUUCUGGAGGUCUUUUCUUCCAAGAAGCCUUCGUGAAAAGAGCUCUGAAACUAAGAAAACUGUAACCUCAGUAAGUUGAGGAAAUGGAGGUUUUCCGUUGGUUGCGUUCAGCAAAAGAAGAAGCUAUUAAAGUCCGCUAAAGUGAAGAAAAGUUCCAACAGAACUCUCAAGUUAUGAGUUUAGACUGUUCUUUGGCGUAAUAAAUAUAUCGUAAAGAUUGGAAAUAUUUGUAUG